AUGCCGUCAGAAGAAGCCAAUACAGUAGAUAGCGUUGACUCACUCAGUGAAGUGAGUUCUUUGGAUGAUGAUUUUGUUGGAAUGCACUUGGAAUCUGCAAGUUCCGACGAAGAAGUCACUGAUGAUGAGAUGGAUUCAAACGUCUGGAGUGAAAUAGAAUCAGAAUCUAAUGGUGAAUUUCUAGAGGAUCAUGGAAUUGUUGAACAAGUACCGCCAAUUUCCGAAGAUGGUACAAUCAAUCCUAUCGAUUGCUAUCGACAUUUCAUCACCGACGAGAUUAUAAGCCUUAUGGUUCGCGAAACUAAUAGAUAUGCAGAAUAA